GCUAAUUAUAUGAUAUGCUGGGGAAGAUGGAACUCAAGUUUUGGUCCUCCAGCUCCAACAUACCCUAUAUCAACAAUUUACCUAUCAUCUUCCUCUCCCUAUCAACAAUUGCUUUCUCCUUCCUAUUAUCAUCCAUAAUAGCAAAGCUGACCAAGAAAAGACCACUCCCGCCAGGUCCAUGGAAACUGCCCAUCAUUGGGAGCCUGCACCAUUUAAUAGGUGAACUCCCACAUCGUUCCCUCACAAGAUUAUCAAGAAAAUACGGCCCGCUGAUGCACUUACAGCUCGGCGAAGUGCCCGCCAUAGUCGUUUCGUCCCCGGAGAUGGCGAAAGCCGUGACGAAAACCCAUGACCUUGCCUUCUCCAACAGGCCUAAGCUCAUGGCCCUAGAUUUGGUCUUUUACAAAUGUACAGACAUUGCCUUUGCCCCUUAUGGAGAUUACUGGAGGGAGAUGCGCAGGAUAUGCAUUUUGGAGCUGUUGACCGCCAAGAUGGUUAAAUCCUUCGGCUCAAUCCGGCAGGAUGAGCUCCGCAAUCUCGUCUCCUCCGUUACCGUGUCGUCAUCGUCGUCGGUCGUGAACCUGAUGAGAGAGGUGAUGUGGUUUAACAGCUCGAUGACAUGUAGGGCCGCGUUUGGGAGAAUGAAGCUGAGCAGUAGAGAUCAAGAAGAGCUGAUUGCCAAGGUGACGGAGGUGCUGACUUUUGCAGGCGGUUUUCACGUGGCGGAUCUGUUUCCGUCCAGGAAAUGGAUCCCUUACGUGUGUGGGAGCAGGUCAAGGUUGCUGACAUUGCACCGUGGGCUGGACAAAAUUUACGAAAGUAUGAUCAAAGAGCAUGAAGAGAAGACGUGCAGGUCAAAUGGCGGCGGCGACCGAGGUACUGCACCAAAUGAGGAAGAAGAAGACAUCGUUGACGUUUUACUCCGAGUGGGGCAGGUUGGGGAACAUCGUUUGACUCGAGACAACAUUAAAGCUGUCAUCAAUGACCUAUUCUCAGCUGGGAGUGAAACAACCGCGACAAGUGCAACGUGGGCAAUGUCCGAGUUGAUUAGGAACCGGCGUGUGAUGGAUAAGGCACAAGAGGAGGUCAGAAAAACCAUUAAUGGGGGGAAGACGGCAGUAACCUCAUUUGACGAUGAUGAAGUGGAAAAGCUAACGUACCUAAAGCUAGUGAUAAGAGAGACUCUGAGGCUGCACCCGCCCAUCCCGCUGCUGCUCCCAAGGGAAAGCAGCGAAGAAACAGUGAUCGGCGGGUUCACCAUACCUCCCAAAACCAGAGCCAUUGUGAACGCUUGGGCAAUCGGAAGGGACCCUAAGGUCUGGGAGGACCCAGAGACUUUUUGGCCUGAGAGGUUCAUGAAUGAAAGUGGUGCCGCGGCGGAUGUGCAUGGCAAUCACUAUGAGCUGUUGCCGUUUGGUUCAGGGAGGAGAGUGUGCCCUGGGGUGCGCUUUGGGUUGGUUAAUGUCACCCACUCUCUGGCCGCUUUGCUGUACCACUUCGACUGGGAGUUGCCCCCUGGAGUGACGAUUGAAAACUUCGACAUGAGUGAGACCAUGGGGUUGAAGGCCACCAGAAAGAAGGAUCUUUGCUUGGUUGCCAGGCCAUACUCCCAUCCUUGAUCACUACAUCAUCUCAAAGAGAGUGGUCGAUAUGAUCAUCUUUAUGACGUAGUGCUUCGUAUAUUCAUGCAUCCAUGCAUUUCCCUGCAUGGCCUGUAUCAAUAAUAUGCAUGAUAAUAUAUGAGCUUUAUUAAUUGUAUGUGCAUGCACGCAUGGUAUACUCCCACAAUUUAAUACUCCGUAAAUAAAAC